AUGAUAUUGGGAAUAUUUGCCGAGACUUGCCUUCUCUUUAUACUACCACUGUUUUUAUAUGAUGGAUUAUGCUUUACUCAUUGGAUGGUUACCGAUGAUGGACUUACAAUAAAAUCUGUUCCUGAUUCACCAUUUCAUAUGGUACAGCCACAUUCGUUGGUACAAUUUUUGGACCAAGGGCGAAAAUUGGAUACUAUUGCACAUAUGCGGAGUUUUAUUCAAAAACAUGAGGAGAACAUUCAUGUACACGAAAAUGCCGAUGAUCCAGAGUUAGAAACGAAAAUUCGUAAAACUGAUAAAGAUUGUAUAAUGGGUGGGCUUAUGUCUACUAGCAAAGAUGCUUUCUUAUUAGCAUACUCUCUUGGGAAAUUGGUUGAGGACUUGGAGAUCUUAGCCAGUGUUGAAUUUGGUGAUGAUAAGCAAAAACCAAGAGUUGAACCACAUUGUACGUAUGAUUUACAAUUCAGUAUGUAUGCUUUCGAACAUUUCCCGUCUGUGCAACAGCGUGACAAACUGAAAAUCAUUCCUGAAGCAGCAUUUCAAAAGUUACUUCCUCCAACUUAUUCAACCGUUGAAUUUGGUAGCCAUGUUGCAAAAGCAUUAGAAAUGAAACCAACUAGUGAUUCGUUUUUGCGUCUAGCAGCUCUAUAUUGGAGAAUUAAAGGUGAUGCUCCAAAAGCUAUGGAAUGUUUUCGACGUGCUCUUCACUUUACAACAAAAAAAAUGCAAGCUCGUACUCAGUUUGAUUUUGGGAAUUUGGUGCAUCGUGCUGGUUAUCCCUCAGAUGCGAUUAUUCUUUAUCAGUUAGCAUUAUUGAAAAUCAAUGAUGCUGUAAUACAUAUGGCCCUUGCUGAUGCAUAUGCAUUAGUACAAAACCGAUCGGAAGCAAUUGACCAGUACAAUAUUGCUUUUUCAAUUGAUCCAUCAAUGAAAAAUGCCCAAGUUAAGGCAGCAGCACUGAAAUGCGAUCAAAAAUUAAUCAGUGCAAUGGAAGAACAGCACAGAAAUUUGCUUCAUACAAUUAGAGAGAAGAAUUUAUAUAAUGACAAACAUGAAGCAAUAAAGAAGCUGAAAGAAAGCGCAAAAGAAAAUGUUGUAGGCCUUGAAGAAAAAGUACAAGCUGCUUUAAUUCAUGAUUAUUUCACAUAUGGUAGUCUGCCUUAUUCCAAUUGCCGUUCGGUAUUGGUAUCAGGUCGUUUAGUAAUGCAUUGUAGUGUAAGUGAUUGGCGUAAUUAUCGAGCUGUUCGUGAAGAAAAGCAUCGUAAACUUGUGGCAAGUGUUAAACGAAAUGCAGCAAAGAAUGCACCAAAAUAUAAUGCGCGAGUUGUUGUGGAAAAUUUGAAUGAUUCUUACGAACUAACAAUAUUUUUGGAGAAAUUGAAGCUAAUGAAAGAAAUGAAUAUGGAUGAGCCAGUUGAGAAGCCAAUUUAUCCACGAAAGCUAUUACCAUCAACCAAUAAACUUCUGGAAAACUAUUUGGGCGGCAGUUGGCCUAAUAAAACAUUAUGUGAAAGCAGUUAUUGGCAUUUCCCAUUACCAACAUCGGAGCGGCUUCCGCAACUGUUCUUAAGUCCUGACAACAAAGGAUUCAAGUCAUCCGAUUUACUUGGCAAAUAUCUUGGCCUGAAUGAUGAUGAGGAACAUCCAUUACCGUGGGAACCACCUAUUUGUGACAGCUACGUAUCUGAGGAACCGCUACCAGCUAUACUUAAGCUACCUGGUAUUCAAGCAGCUGCAGCACGCGGUCCCUCGUUACAACUUGCGGAAGAUAAGCUUCAGGCGGUAUUUUUGAAAAUUAUGGAUGAUAAGAUUACUGAAGCGGAUAUUGCUCAACGUAUCGGUACUCUUAUGAGAUAUGAAAUUGGACCACAGUGGUUAGUUUACAACUUAGCGGCUUUGUAUUGGCGGAUUGUUGGUGCGCCGGGUGAAGCAAUCACAUGUCUUCGUGCAGCAUUACAGAUGCAGUCAGAACGAUACGCUGAUAUUGCAUUGGUGCAAUUAGCACAGAUUGUUAUCCGUUCUGGCUCCAAUUAUAAUUAUCAUCUAAAUGAUGCUGCUGUACUAUUGAACAAUGCUAUUCAUGUUGAUCCGAAUGAGCCCAUAACACAUUUUUUGAUUGGAAUUGUAAAAAUUCUUCAAAAGAACCAUAUUAUCGCAUUGGCACAUAUUCGUGCUGCAGUUAUUCUGGAUCCGUUAUUUGAACCAGCUGUUGCCGUACUUCAUGCACUGAAAUGUUUAAGUAAAAAUGAAGAAAAAUUAAUUGCUGAACGAUUACAUUUGCGCUGUUGUUCUGAAGCGGAACCAAAUGUUUAUUGCCUUGGUACUCGUAGCGAUCGAUGUUUCACAAUGUCCAAGGAAGGUGCAUUUAUUGGAAUAACUUGUGACAUAGAUAAAAGAAACAAAGAGGAUUCUUGCAAGCGUGCUUUUUCGUUUGCACCUUUUGUUUUAUUGUUAAAUCCACGCAGUGCAAAUGGUGAAGAAACUAAAAAAGAGGUACAGGAGCAAUUGAUCAAACAAACAAGGAUUGUUGAACAGAAGAAAAAUAUGACUGUUUCUGAUGAAAUUCCAUUGGAUUAUGGAGCUGAAGAAAGCUUACGAAAAAUCCAAAAAAUGACUGCUCCUUCAACAAAAAAUUUUUUUCAAAGCGAGAUCCUAUUUACGGAAAAUGAUGUACAAAAGGAAAAUGAAAUGAGUAAUUCUUGGGUGAUAGAUGUACCUGUUGACAAAAUAAUUAUACCACAGGGUCGAUUGACUUUAGCACGUGUUCCCGAACGACGAAAAAUGAUUGCUUUUGAUAUACCACUUCCAUCACAAUUACCGCUGCCGUUUAAACAUCAAAUUACGAGUGGCUUCCCUCAUAUGCCAUUGCCAUCAAAACGUACACCAAACAGUAAUUUUUGUGCAAACACUAAAAUGAGUUUAGCGGUUGUUCGUGAGCAGAACACACUAACUUGGCUAUCCGUCACAGCCAAAGGUGUAAAUCUGAGUGAAUUCAUUGAUUUUCAAGCAUCAGUUGAUUUAAGCGAGGAUUUCGAACCGGUUUGUCCGGAAUUGCAAUCAUCUUCACCGCUUCUCACUCUUGAUCAUUUACCAGCUUAUCAUCUUCGCCAUCAAUUUAUUCAUUACAAGCCUGAAAAAGGACUAACAGAUGCAUUUUUAAAAUUGGGGAAAGAAAAAGACCGAGUUGAGGUGGUUGCUAAAAGGCUGAAAGAUGCAAUGGCAUUAUCAUUUGCACAUAACAAAGAUGGUGUACAUUGGUCAUUAUCAACUGCUUCAGCUUUAUAUUGGCGUGUAAAAGGUGAUGCUGUGAAUGCGCUUAACUGUCUUAGACAGUCAUUGAAUUCAGCACCGCCGAAUAUGAGAGAUGUAGCUUUAGUCAGUAUGGCUAAUAUAUAUCAACAAGCAGGACUUUUGCAUAGUGCUUUAAUUGCUGGUGGCUUUGCACUAAAAAUUUCACCCAAACUUGUUGCUAUACACUUUACUCUUGCUAACAUUUAUGCUUCAUUGGAAAAGUAUCAGCAUGCAUUAAUGUUCUAUUAUUCAACAUUAUCAAUGCAAUCCAAUUUUCAACCGGCAAAGGAACGAAUCCGUACAAUUUAUUGUUUUGCUAAAAAUUCAUCUGUACAAUCAUAG